AUGGCUCCUGCACGCAAGGGAACCAAGCGCGCCGCGCAGGCUGCUCUGGAGGAGCCGUUGCACAAGAAGUUGGCGCCGGUGCUGAAGAAGCAUGGCGUGACCCAGGCCUCCUUCAAGCAGAUGGCCGAGGUGCUGGAGCAUCCGCUGACGCAGCUGCCUGAGGAGUGCAAGAAGAUGCUGCUCGCCAUGCUGCCGCAAAGCCUUUGCGUGCCGUCCGACUGCCGCGAGGAUGUGCAGAACCUGGGAGUGACCAUGAUGGCAGAGGUCGUUGCUUCCAUUGAGACCAAGAUCCGAGAGGCCGUGCAGUCGGAGGAGGCCAAGGUGCACGCGGUAGAGUCCUCCAAGGACCAGCUGGAGGGCUCCAGAAAGGAGGCAGAGCAGCACCUCAAGGAGGCGCAGGAUGCGGCGCAGCUUCGGGAGAACGAGCUCCAGAGCAGCUCCCAGGCAGUCGUUGCUGCCAAAGCCAACCUCGCCAAGAAGGAGGAGGAGCAGCGCUCCGGGGACCAGCAGGCCCUGGCCGCGGAGGCGGAGAAGGCGGAGACGGCGGAGGCCUUCUCCGGGAGCUUCAAGAUUCUGAAGGAAGGCAGCUGGGCAACUUCCCCGAAGGAGCACCUGGAGGCCCUGGCGCCGGUGCUGAGCAAGCUGCCCAUGGAGGAGUCCCUGAAGACUGCGGCGGUUCCCGUCCUCAUGCAGGCGCCUGCCUCUCGGGGGGUCUUCGAUGCCACAGUGCUGCAGCAGCUGGAGAAGAGCUUCGAGGACCGCCGGGCGCAGCUGACAGAGCUGCUGCAGCUGGAGGAGCCCCAGCGCCAGGCCCGGGCGGAGGCGUGUCGGGAGGCCCAGGCGCAGCUGGAGGAGGCGGAGGAGAAGCAGAAGGAGUGCUCCGCCAACGUCCUGGCAGCGAAGCAGCACCAGAAGGAGGCCGCGUGCGGUCUCAAGGCUGCUGGGGAGGCGCUCGAGCAGUUCGAGCCCAACCUCAAGGCAGCGAUGGAGCUGCGGGACGAGCAGCAGAAGGAGCUGGAGGCCUUCCUGGGCGUCGUGCGUGGCUUCACGGAGCUCAAGGACCGCCUCUCCGCGAAGCGGCUCCGCGAGCUCGCUGCGGAGGCGAAGGCAGAGGCGAAGGCCAAGGCGGAGGCGGAGGCCGAGCAGGCGAAGCUGGAGGCGGAAGCUGCUGAGAAGGCAAGGAUCGAGGCAGAAGAGGCCCAGAAAGCAAGGAUCGAGGCGGAAGCGGCCGAAAAGGCAAAGAUGGAGGCGGAAGUGGCUGAGAAGGAGACCACUCAGGCGGAAGCUGCGGAGGCUGUGCCGGAGAGUGCGCCGGAGGCAGUGCCUGAGCAGAUGGAGGUUCAGCCCGAGGCUGUGCCCAUGGAGGCCUAG